AGCCUGUUCCAGUUGACAACCCUGCCGCUAUGCUAUGGACCCGUUCCAGUUGCCAAAUGCGCUUCAGAGGCCCUGACAGCCUAUUUCAAGAAAUUCAAUCUAGAAGCUACCAUGGUGCACCCCUGGGUCACCAAGAACGGGGUGGAACCAUUGCCGACAGAGGACGAGAACUGCACGCUCAUAGAAGUGACCGAAGAAGAGGUUGAGAAUUCGGUCAAGCACAUCCCAAGCUUGGCCACUGUGAUCCUGGUAAAAUCAAUGAUCAGGAAAAGAUCUUUUGGGAACCCGUUUGAGGGGAGUAGAAGAGAAGAGCGAUCCCUUUCUGCGCCAGGGAAUCUGUUGACAAAAAACAAAUCGGGAACUGUGAAAUAUUUCAUCAGUCAAAGGAAGCAAAACAGCGAAGACAACCUUAAGAGCAUCAGUGACCUGCCAAAUGUGGGCGAGAAUGAACUGCUUUCCUGAAAGCUGCCAUUCUGGUUGGAGCGCACCCUCUGGUCCCAUCCCGACUCCCCACCCCCUGACUCCGUUACAAAGCAUGUGUCCAUGGAGGGAGAAGCCUGUGGAGCCCAGGGCGAUCCAACCAGCAUUCUGUGAGGCUGGUAACCAUAUAGAUGCUGAAUGUAGAACUUUUUGUGGCAGCAUGCUGUACAAAACAGAAUCCGUCCAGCCGCCGUAAAUAAGGACCAUCACAGGAUCAUGUCUGAUAUCAAAAUACGAGGACCUCAAACCGGCCUGCUCCUGGGCUUCAUCUGAAUGGAGCGAUGUCAGAGCUCGUCAUACUGAUUUUGCGAAAAUCAGCCAAACUAUCAACCUCAUUUAGGGUGGGGAGAAACUCCCAGGUCAAAUAUUUCAUGAAGAAAAUGGUCGGUAUUUUAAAAGCGUGUUGAAAGUGGGCAGCUAAGUGUGAUGCUUUUGAUCAAGCGGAGAUUGUGUUUGCAUCCUUCCAGUAACAUACAUCUUUCUCUUUUUUGCUUUGGUGUUUACUAUACAUACAUUUUUUGUAUUGAUAUUUUUUACUGCAUGGAAACCAAACAGAAAUGCCACAUCGGGGUUUUCGGUGAUGCUUGGGCUUUUGUGAUUAGAGAUUAUUCACAGCUGCAUUUGAGAGUGGUUUGCCUUGAUUUCAUUUGACCAUCCUCAAGACCAUAGCAGUGGUGUGGUUUGUGGGGUUUUGAGUGCUCCAGACAUACAAGGCAGACAGAGCCCUUUCUUUUUGAGGGGCUGUGUGUGCCAGAAGAACCCAUAGAGUGCUCGACUUCAGUACAAUCAUGCUCAAGCACAAAUUUGAAAACAUGCACUGCUGAGUGAAAACGAUAUUGUAUCUAGCUGAUGAAGUGAUAACAAGAAUUUCCUGCUAGCAGUUUUACUUGAUCUCUGUUAUCUAUAUGGGCAUGUACAAAAAAUAAUAAUCAGGAUUUUUAAAAUAAUAAUUAUAAUCCAACACUUCCUGUUAUGUAACAUGGUUUAAUACAUUUUAACAGAAUAACAGAUAGCUUCUGCAGUUUUUGAAUACAAUCCAAUGAAUUUUACUGAAAUAUAUAGAUUUUGCUGCUAACGAAUAUUUCAAUUAGCUUGUAAGCAGAAGUAGCUGUUUUGUGCUUUUUUUGUACCUGAAAAAUGUGUCAUUGUCCCCAUCUUUAGAAUGGGACCAGCACCUGCAUCCCUGUGCUCCGAUAGCCACUAGCUGAGGAAACAAAAGGACCAGGGAAUGAAAGGCUAAGCUCAUGCAUAAUUUCCACCCACCCUCACUAUUCUUGCCUUUGCUGGAGUAUACAAGUUGCUAGAAUAGUUUUGCCAUGUCAGUAAAAUCUGUAAUUUUAAAAGCAGCUGGCAGAAUUGCAUGUUUGGAUGCUACCAUAUUUCUUGGAGAGAAAACAACCAGCACCAAAAAAUUCAUCUACUCAUCAGAAUCUAUACCCCUGACAUGCUAGCUUUCUGUGGACUAAAGAGUUUCCAGUA